AUGAAGUCGCCGCCGGCGGGCGUGAAGCUUGUAAUGGAGGCUGUGUGCGUGAUGAAGGACGUCAAGCCCGAGAAGGUCAAUGACCCAGCAGGCGGAACAAAGAAGGUGCUCGACUACUGGGGUCCAGCCAAAAAGCUGUUAAGCGACAUGAAGUUUUUGGACUCACUCCGCGAGUACGACAAGGACAACAUUCCCCCGCACAUCAUGCAGGAGAUUCGGGACAAGUACAUUCCGGAUGAGGGCUUUGUGCCCGAAAAGGUUGCCAAGGCUUCGCAAGCUGCCGAGGGCUUGUGUAAGUGGGUGCGAGCCAUGGAAAUCUAUGAUCGCGUGGCCAAGGUGGUGGCGCCCAAGCGCCUGGCUCUGGUUGAGAAGGAGACCGAGGUCAAUGGCCUCAUGGCCGAGCUCAAGGCCAAGCAGGACGAGCUCAAGGCCGUCCAGGACCGCGUGGCGCAACUCAAUGCGGCGUUGGAUGAGAAACUUCGAGAAAAAGCGGAUCUGGAGGCAAAGGUUGAGCUUUGUGCUCAAAAGCUGGGACGAGCACAAAAGUUGAUUGGUGGCCUGGGUGGCGAGAAGAAGCGUUGGAGCGAAGCGGCUGCCAACCUACAGGUGGCCUUUGACAAUUUGACAGGCGACAUUCUUGUGGCAGGCGCUGUGAUGGCCUACCUUGGGCCGUACACUUCGGUGUAUCGCCAGAGCACCAUUGCUGACUGGGUGGCACAGUGCCGCGCCGCCAAUCUGCCCUGCUCGGCCGACUUUAGUCUACGCAGCAUCCUUGGCGAUGCCGUCAAGAUCCGUGCAUGGAACAUCGACGGGCUACCCACCGACGGCUUUUCCGUGGACAACGGCGUGAUGUUGCACAACUCGCGUCGCUGGCCUCUGAUGAUCGAUCCGCAGGGUCAGGCCAACAAGUGGAUCAAGAAGAUGGAGGCAAGCAACCAACUAAAGGUUAUCAAGCUGUCCGACCCCAACUUUAUGCGUGAUCUGGAGACGGGCAUUCAAUUUGGCACCCCCGUGCUACUCGAGAACAUUGGCGAGGAACUCGACCCCGCACUCGAGCCCCUCUUGCUCCGCUCCACCUUCAAACAGGGGGGUGUCAUGUGCAUGAAGCUUGGCGAGAACGUGUUGGAAUACAGCGACGAUUUCCGCUUCUACAUCACGACCAAGUUGCCAAACCCCCACUACAUGCCCGAAACGGCUACCAAGGUCACGCUCAUCAAUUUCAUGAUCACGCCCGAGGGCUUGGAGGAUCAACUCCUCGGGAUUGUGGUGCGCAAGGAGCAGCCCGAGCUCGAAGCUGAGCGACAGCAGCUUAUCAUCCAAAGUGCAGAGAACAAACGUCAACUCAAGGAUAUUGAGAAGCGCAUUCUGGACACGCUGUCCAACUCUCAGGGCAACAUCCUCGAGGAUGAAGGCGCCAUCAAGGUGCUGGAUGACGCCAAGAUCGUGUCCGACGACAUCCAGGCUAAGCAGAAGGUGGCCGAGGCUACCGAGGCCAAGAUCAACGAAAAUCGCAAGGGCUAUAAACCCGUGGCCGCUCACUCGGCUGUCCUUUUCUUCGUGAUUGCUGACAUGGCCAACAUUGAUCCCAUGUAUCAGUACUCUUUGACUUGGUUUGUCAACCUCUUUAUUGCCUCCAUCGACAGCUCGACGAAGAGCAAGCAGUUGGACAAGCGCCUUCGAUACUUGACAGAUCAUUUCACGUAUUCCAUCUACUGCAACGUUUGCCGUUCGCUCUUUGAAAAGGACAAGCUUCUCUUUGCGUUUUUGCUCUGCUGCGCUUUGUUGAAGUCACGCAAUCAGCUGGAUCAGAGCGAGUUGAUGUUCUUCCUGACGGGUGGUGUUGGUCUGGAUAACACACGCAAGAACCCUGAUGAGAGUUGGAUCUCGCAGAAAAUGUGGGACGAGCUGUGUCGCAUGGGUGAUCUUCCCAGUUAUCAGGAAGUCAAAUUCCUCGAGAAAUUCGAGGCCGACCCGCGCAAGUGGAAGUACAUUUACGAUAGCAAAACACCCUACAACGAGGAGCUUCCUGACUCCUGGCAGGGAUCGCUGACGGACUUUCAGCGCAUGACCUUGUUGCGUGUGAUGCGCCCCGAUAAGGCGGUACCACUGUGCCGCUUGUUCGUACAGUCCAAGCUCGGGCAGCGUUUUACGGAACCUCCGCCUUUCAACUUGCAAGAAAGUUACAACGACUCUGUGGCUACUGCCCCCCUGAUUUUCGUGCUGAGCCCGGGCGCUGACCCAAUGGCGCAGCUAUUGAAGUUUGCAGACACGUUUCCUGUUUCAGUCCUGCAAAACGGUGUCAAGAUGACCAAUGAGCCGCCAACAGGCCUGCGCAUGAAUAUGUUGCAGUCUUACUUGACGGAUCCCAUCUCAGAUCCGAGCUUUUUCAACAAACUCGAGGACAAUCCGGCCAAGCAUGAGGCUUUCCAAAAACUGCUUUUUGGCUUGUGCUUUUUCCAUGCUAACGUGCAAGAGCGACGCAAAUUUGGUCCGCUGGGCUGGAACAUUCCUUACGGCUUCAAUGAGAGCGACCUGCGCAUUAGCGUGCGCCAGUUGAACAUUUUCUUGGAGGAGUACGAUGACCUGCCGUUGGAUGCACUGCAAUACUUGACGGGCCAGUGCAACUAUGGUGGCCGUGUGACUGACGAUUGGGAUCGACGCUGCUUGGUCUCGAUUCUCAAAAAUACUUUUUGCCGAGACGCGUGUGUCCAGACCAAGUAUGCGUUGUCACCGAGCGGAGUCUAUCACGUACCAGCACCCGAGGGCUACGAUCACUACGUCGAGUUUAUCAAGGAGUUGCCGGUGGAGCAGCCCCCAGAAGCCUUUGGCAUGCAUGACAAUGUUGACAUUUCCAAGGACUUGCAAGAAACGCGCCUGCUUUUUGACUCGUGCCUUGCGACCAUGGCGGCGUUGCCGAGCCUCUUCGAUCUGGAAGCUGCAUUGGCCAAGUUUCCAACACGCUACGACGAGUCGAUGAACACGGUGCUUGUUCAGGAGAUGCAACGUUUCAAUCGCUUGCUGCAAGUAAUUGUCACGUCUCUUCGCGAUUUGCGCAAAGCCAUUAAAGGUUUGGUGCUCAUGUCGCCGGCCUUGGAGGAGGUCGGGCGUAGCUUGACCAUUGGCAAGGUGCCCGGCAUGUGGAUGGCCAAAUCCUACCCGAGUUUGAAGCCAUUGGGCAGCUACGUCUCGGACUUUUUGCAACGGCUUCAAUUUUUGCAGACGUGGUACGAGCAAGGCAAGCCGGACGUGUUCUGGGUGAGCGGGUUUUAUUUCACACAGGCAUUCUUGACGGGUGCGCUGCAAAACUAUGCGCGCAAGUACAAGAUUCCCAUCGACAUCUUGGGCUUUGGUUUUGAGGUUUUGCGGGACGAGGACCCACGCACCGCGCCGGCAGAUGGCGUGCUGAUUGACGGCCUGUUUUUGGAUGGUGCACGCUGGGUCAAGUCUAAGCAUGUGCUCGGUGAAUCCAUGCCCAAGGUGCUCUUUGAUGUGAUGCCUGCCAUCUGGCUCAAGCCGGGCAAGAAGGAAGAGUUGCCUGAUGUGCCAAGCUAUCUUUGCCCAGUGUAUAAGACAAGCGAGCGCCGUGGAACUCUGUCGACGACAGGCCACUCAACCAACUACGUUUUGCCAAUCAGAGUGCCGUCAGAUAUGCCUUCGGAUCAUUGGGUUCGCCGAGGCGUGGCGUUGCUGUGCCAACUGGACGAUUAAGCGCGCUCGCUUUUGGCCCAUCGUUGGUUGGGCUUUCUUUCUGGCGAUGUGGUCUCGUGGUGGCGCAGAGCUGACAGCGUGACCGCGUCAUGUCUGGUUUGCUCUGGUCGGUUAAGCUGUGUGUGUGUGUGUGUGUGUGUGUGUGGUGCUGUAGCUGAUCUAUUGCCUGAGAAGUGUGCUGAAGAUUCAGGGCCUGUGUGAUGGUGUUGCGUGAUCAUUUAGUAGUGGAUAAGCGAAACGGUGUUUGUUGUUUGUCUCGCUGUCAGAAAAGGCCCUUGAACGUGAUGCGCUGUGAUGCGUGCGAACUAGUCCUUCUCCUCAUUAAUUUCUUCUUGCGUAUCGAGCUGGCGCUCAUGCCGCCAGUUCUCAAUUGAUCCGAGAACC